AUGCCUUCUCAGUCGUUCACGGCCGCUUUGCUCGCUCUCUCAUCGGCAGGACUGCCUUGGGGUGUGCCAUCUUGGCAGGCAAUCACUCGCAUUCCUGGGGAGCCAUGGUCAACAGUCGACAAUGCUCCCGAAGAUUCCCCCUCACUCUAUGUGCCCGAGUGGACGAACCGAGUUGCCGCACAGGUCAAGGCAUACGUCACUACGGUGUUGGGCAUGCCUGUCGGGGCCCAGGACCGCUACAUGGCCAAGCGUGUGCUAGACAAAGAUUCAGCAGCGCGCACCGCAUGGGCUACCUUCGUCAGCAAGAGGUCCUCUCAAUGGGGCAUCAACAAGAUUAUCGAUGAGGUCCUUGAGACUGCCGGCAGAGCUCCCAAUCAAAUGCUGCGCGAUUUGGGCACAAAGAGCUUGCCUCAUGCCGAGCCUGCGCAGAUCUACGACUGCGUGACCCCACUUGCCCAGAAACUGUUUGGGGACGACGCAUACGUAGGCAGGGGAAGCUUUCUGAAGGAGGCUGUCAUCAAAUUCUGCCGAACGAUUCUCACCUUGAGUUGGAAUCGGUAUCAUAAGGGGGUCGCACGCGAUGUACAUUUGAUGGAUACACUCUACGAUGUGGUAACGGAAACCUGGAAAGCAUUCAGCGCUGAGGGCACUACCCAUACCACCGGUGCUAUCAGAUCAUUCAUUAAGGAUUUGCGCAAAUUAUUGAAACUCUAUGUCCGAUACGACGACCAGGAACGGCGCGCUCGGGUGGAACAAUAUAUGGCGGACAUGGUCGAAAUGUUGAGAGUCGUUCGCAAGGAACCAGGCAGCGAGGAUUCAGACAAACUUCCGAAAAAUCUAAGAGAUAUCUUACUCGGUCUCGCAAGCGAACAUGACAUCCAGGCCAUCACCCAAGCCCUGCUGGUCUCAAUUGAAGAUCUCGAUAGUGCCGAAUCUGUCGAGCCCGUGGAACUCGAUCUAGAUGCCCCGAUCGAGCCAGAUUGGAAGGAAGGGGUCGAGGCAUUGUUCAAAUUUUCCGAUGAGCAAUUGUGGCAGAAGCUCGGAAUCCCCAAUCAGCGACUUCCUUUCUUCCAACAAUGGACCGACUUGGAUGGAAUGAUUGAUCCUUGGUCAGAUGAAGGCCAGGCCUGGCUUCAAAAUAUGACGGAGAAGAGGGAAUCGCUCCAACCGCGAUGGCACCAACUCGUCGGAAUCUACCGUAUGCUGGAGCGUGUGUUCGAGGGCAAGCCCAUCUUACUGAUGGACGGAGUGGGACUGGGGAAGACCCUUCAGGUGCUUGGUGUGAUUGCAUGUCUUGCUUACUACCGGUAUGUCUACGCGAAGAAGAAGGCAUUUCCAGGAGAUUUUGCUGGUCUAAAAUUCAACACUCCAGACGGUAAUGUCCCAGACUUGUCACACAUGAUCAUAUGCCCCGUCAACCUGAAGCAGCAGUGGGAGAGCGAGAUCCGACGUUUCCUAGUGCCAGCCUCUUUUGACCUCUUUCCAUACACCGGUCGUUUGGAUUCUCGCAGCGCAUGGUGGACAGAAUUGUUCACAGUCAGCAAGCAACCGUUAUGCCAACGGAUAAUCCUUGCAACUCAAACAGCCAUCCAAGAUGAUGCUGUGACUGUCUUCACCCCGCAGACCAUCAAAGAGAGGGCGGGCCAUGCCAUCCCUGGCACACGAUUCGAGACAAAUGCCCCCCGAACGCUAUAUGGACGACGAUAUUGCCUAGUCAUCAUGGAUGAGGCGCACAGCACACGGAAGCACAAUCAAAUUCAUCGAGCCUUCCGUGGACUGAAGGAGCGCGCGACCUCGGUCAUUGCGAUGACAGCAACACCCAUCACAACAAAAGCUCAGGAUUUAUAUAUUAUGGGACAAUGGAUGGGGAUCCCCGGCUUCGAUGACCAUAGCGAGUUCCUGGAGCUCAACAAGGAGAUCAAUCGUGCCAACCACCAAGACUCGAAGGCAUUGCGCGAGGCAGGGAUCGAAGGCAGUAUCAUUCGCGGCGUCUUCAUCGGCAUCCGCAAUCAGAACACACCCGACUUGUUGUCUCCAGAGGUUACUCGUGAGUGGAUGGUGAAGAUACGCGAUCGGUUUGCGCAUAAUGUAAUUCGUCGGACGAUCAACUCUGUGGACCACGCCGGCAACAAGCUAUUCGGCUUGAAGCCGUAUUUAGAACAUACCCUCAAGCUGCGAAUGUAUGACAAUGAAAUGGGAGCACUCAGGAGUUUUGCCAAGGAUUUGGUCAGAGAAAAUCCCAUUGCAAGUGCCGAUACCAGAAAGAAUUUCUACAUCGAAUUCCGGCGCUCUAUGCUACACCCUAUGCUUAACCCGAAGAAUGGUGGUCAUUGGAAGAAGCCACUCUCACUCGCUCAUUGGCAGGAGGAGAAGACAAUCAAACUGGAUACCCUUGCACACAUCGUUCGCCACCACCUCGAUUCAAAUGGCCGCGCGCCCUUGACGAUGACCGAGGAUGGUCAAACCCUCACCCUGGCUCCAGAUGGCUUGCAGGACAUGUCCGACUAUGGUGAGGACGACAGAGUCGUCGUUUACUCCGCCUUCCCAUCGUCGAAUCAGGCUUUGAUCGAUAUUCUGGAUGUGUACGGCAUCGCGGCUACCGAGCUGAACGGGACGAUGUCGCUGAAGAAGCGCCAGGCCGCGCUUGAUGAUUUUCGUACUUCGAUGCGCACCAAAGGACAUCGCGUCCUCAUCAUCUCAAAUGUCGGAAUGGUGGGCUUGAACUUGGCAUGUGCCAACGUCAUGGUGAUUGUGGACACAACGUGGUCUGCGCUGGACGACGAGCAGUUGCGAGGCAGAAUUUUCCGCUAUCCACAACAAAAGCAAGUGCACAUCUACCGGCUCAUCGCGCUCGGCACCCCCGAUGUCUUCUUAAACAACAUCUCAUUCGACAAAGGGCAACUCCACUCCGCUUUCGUAGGAUGUACGGACGACAUUCGGGGACUAUUCGAGGAUGACAGUUUGGGCGACGACAGUUUACUGUCGAUUUCCUCGACUCAAUCUGAUGGCGGCGACGACAACCUAGAUGGUGAUGAUGAUGGCGCACGGACGAAGAAAUCGCGUAGUAAACCCGUUCCAAAACAGCGUCAGACACCUGUUGGUUGGGGGAAAGGGAAACAUCGCCAGGCGGAGCUAUCCGAAAAUGAAGGUGAGGAGAACGCAGCAUCAUCAAUCGACAUCGACCCGCCGGGGAGCAAGCCGCGCAGUAAGAAGCAGCCCCACUGA